AUGGAAUCCCAGCUCGGGGACCCUGAUGCGACCCCUGGUCCGGUCGACCUCCCCAAUGGCAAGCGCCGCUGGCGGCGGAAUCGAGUUGCGUGCGAUUCGUGCCACACUCGUCGGGUCCGAUGCGACCGCGCGUUUCCAUGCUCUCGGUGCCUGCGCAGCGACACGCUCUGCGAAUUCACUCGUGAGCGUCGCAAGCGCGGGCGCAUUGCGCGUGCGAAAUUGGUGAAUGGGUCGUCGACUGGGCCGGAAACCCCCGGCCUGCCCGCCCUCUCCCCGCAACAGCAACACAGCUCCCCGGAAUCAACUUUCCAACAUCGGUCUCCAACGACCAACAAUAUCAGUUUGUCGGCGCCGAGCGUGGAUGGGCCACACUCGGCCGUGGACAGCUCUCGAUCGCAGCGACCAGCGUUAGCACCGGGACCGGGACCCCGCCCGGAAGGGAACGCCACAGAAGAAUGGCUGUCGACUGCACAUUUAUCGCCGGAGUCCUAUGAUAUUCUGGGGGGUGUACAUGGGGGUGAUGGACCACUGCCCAGGUUGUGGGAUAUUUGGACUCCUGGGGAUCUGGCAGGCCAUCAUCCUUCCAAACGCCAUUCGCAGAUCCCGCUGGUACCUGCGCAACCUCAUGCAGGACCGGGAGUGCCCGCCAGCAAACGGCCGAAAUUGAAGUACCCCGUACUCGAACCAAUCAUGCCUUUCCUAGAGUCCAAUCUCCCACGCCGGCUAGUAUGCGAUUUACUCGAGCUCUACUUUACAAGCUCAUUUUCGACUCAUAUGCACCCGGUCUGCCAUCACAUCCACUGUUACGUCCUGCGAAAGGCUUCGUUCUUGAGUACCGAUCGUCCGCGACCCAGUAGCCCAGCCUUGCUGGCGAGUAUGCUCUGGGUCGCGGCGGUCGACGACCGGGCGUUUUCUUUAUCGAUUUCUCCUCUGCAACGCCGGAAGAUUUGUCAAUUCCUUUGUGCACUGACAAUCCGCUUGCUUCGACCCUUGAUUCACGUUUCAUUCAAGGAGCAAGAGCCGUCCGAAAAUUCCAACGCCCCCCAGGACUAUUCAGCGGCAGCGGCUCACCAUCCGUUCGAAGGAGUUGGCGAUGACAAGGGUCUCGUGGGCCCUGCGGGAUCGUUAGAUGAUGUGAUUACCUACAUCCACGUCGCGUCGAUCAUCUCGUCAAGUGAACAGAAGGCCGCGAGCAUGCGAUGGUGGCAUGCCGCAUUCACUCUAGCCCGAGAGCUCAAAUUAAAUCAGGAAAUCGAGGUCAUGCCCAAUAUCGACAGUCACUCGGAUGGGUCAAGUCCAUCCUUUGGCUACCCCUUGGGCGGUUGGGCGAGUUCCCCUGCGGGUCCUGUCUUUGAUUAUUCGAAUCCCUCCCGACCGAGUUUGAACUGCGUCUGUGAGGAUAAGCAUGAUCCGCACGGUAACCCACCUGUCACCGAAGAGCAUCGCGAGGAGCGCCGACGCACCUGGUGGUUAUUAUAUAUCAUGGACCGCCACCUCGCUUUGUGUUAUAAUCGACCGCUGGCCCUUUUGGACGCUGAGAGUGAAGACUUGUUGCUACCGUUGGAUGAGGCAGCUUGGCAAGCCGGCAACAUCCAUAGCAACAGUCCCCGGGCGGACGGUCCUCAGUGCAACCGCUCCGGCGAUCGCAACAAGCGUCGCGUGUUUCCCAACUUCAUCUGCCAUGAUCACUCCAUCCUUGGAUUCUUCUUACCGUUGAUGACCAUCACCGGCGAAUUGAUUGACUUGAACCAGGCGCGGAAUCACCCUUCGCUCGGGCUGCGUCUACAAGGAAAGGAGGCGUGGGAAGUGCAUGUGUCGGAGGUCCUGCGACAGCUUGAGAUCUACAAAGCCAGUCUGACGACUUUUGCCGCUGCUGAUCCAGAGAACUCGCUGGCAGCUCAAUAUGCGAACAAGGCCGAUCAAGCGAAUGAUGCGUCCUUGUCGCAGGCCUAUUCCUGGCAUACGCAAACCGUGAUCGCAUAUUCAUCGUACCUAGUCCACGUCCUCCACAUUCUGCUUGUCGGAAAAUGGGACCCCGUCUCCCUCAUCGAAGACAAAGACUUUUGGACCUCAUCUCCGGCCUUUGCAUCGACCAUCUCGCACGCCCUGGAGGCGGCAGACGCCGUCCAGCAGAUUCUCCGAUUUGACCCGGACAUCAGCUUCAUGCCGUACUUCUUUGGUAUCCAACUUUUGCAGGGAAGUUUCCUUUUGCUUCUGAUUGUGGAGCGUCUCCAGAAGGAAGCCGGAGACGGCAUUCUCAAUGCCUGUGAAACUAUGAUCCGGGCGACCGAGUCAUGUGUGGUCACUCUGAACACGGAGUAUCAACGCAGCUUCCGGCAAGUGAUGCGUAGUGCAGUCGCACAGGCUCGCGGUCGACCAGUCAAUCCUAGUGAGAUCCGGCAUCGUCGGAAGGCAGUGUUGGCGCUGUACCGAUGGACACGCAAGGGCACUGGUCUGGCUCUUUGA